AUAUCAUCGAUCACCAUUAGCCGAGUGCGGUACCCAGCACGAAGCGUGUGUUAGCCGCAGCACAGCGGGGAUGAUUCUUCUAACCUCCAGAUAACCUGCAGUCACCGAAGAUGACAGACUACGCUGAAGAGCAAAGGAAUGAACUUGAAGCUAUAGAGUCCAUCUACCCAGACUCUUUCACAGUGCUGUCAGAUGACCCCACCAGCUUCACCAUCACUGUCACAUCAGAUGCAGGGGAAAAUGGUGAAACUGUGGAAGCAACACUGAAGUUCACAUAUGUAGAGAAAUACCCAGAUGAGCCUCCGCUGUGGGAGAUCCACUCCCAGGAGAACCUGGAGGACAGUGACAUGAUGGACAUCCUCACCUUACUGCAGCAACAGGCAGAGGAAAAUCUGGGCAUGGUGAUGAUUUUCACCCUGGUGACAGCUGUUCAGGAGAAACUCAACGAAAUAGUGGACAUGAUGAAAAACAGACAAGAGGAGGAGAAGCGACGGAAAGAGAAAGAGGCAGAGGAAGCAGAGAAGGUGGCGUUCCAGGGCACAGUGGUAACCAUUGAAAACUUCUUGGCGUGGAAAGCCGGGUUUGAGCUGGAGAUGUCUGAGCUGAGGAGGAAAAAACAGAAGGAGGAGGAGCAGGCGGGGAAACCCAAACUCACUGGUAAGCAGCUGUUUGAGAGAGACCACAACCUGGACACAUCGGACAUUCAGUUCCUUGAAGACGGUGGAAACAACGUUGAAGUGGACGAAUCACUGUUCCAGGACAUUGAGGACUUGGACUUGGUUGAGGACGACCCAGACUUUGACCCUUUAGAGAUGGGCAGUGAUGAGGACUAAAGUGGGAGAAGGACAGAGGGCUGCUGAAGACUGACAGGACCAUUCUACUCCUCACACAUCAAGAAGAUCCAACAGCUGCCUUUAUUUUUUAAAGACUCUUACAGCAGUUGCAGAGGACACCUUCAUAACCACAGCAUACACAUAUACACCUGUUAGUGUCCAUUUCUAUGCCUGAAAAAUUAAAUUUACCAGAUAAACGUC